AUGCAAAUCAAGAACGUUUUCACUGGCCUUGUUGGCCUGGCUGUCCUGGCUGACGCCGCUUCAAUCGAGCGCCGAUCUCCUUUCGGUCGCACUCUGGAACGUCGCCAGAACAACAACAGAAACGGCAACGGUCAAAACAACGGUCAGAACGGUCAGAACAAUGGUCAGAACAACGGCCAAAACGGAGGCAAUGGUGCUGGUGCGACCCUGGAUUCCAACUUGAUCCAGACUGGCUCCCAGCAAGACGGCAACAACCCUGGUGCCGAUGGCCAGUCCGCUUCUGCUACUGACAACUUCAACUUCAUCAACUUCUGUGAGGGCAAGACCAUCACCAACGGUCAGCAGGUGAAGACGGGUUCUUGCAAUGGUAUCCCCAUGGGCAACAUCCCCUCUACCGAGAACAUGGUCUCCUCCGUCUUUGUUAACCCCCAGGACGGUCAAAACAUUGAUGAGAACACCACCUUCAACAUCCAGGUGCAAAUGCUCAAUUUUGCCCCUGGUACCUUCACCAACGCCACCUCUACCUACUAUGCCGCUCCUCAGGACAUUGAUGGCAACGGCAACAUCAUUGGCCACACUCACGUCACUGUCCAGAGCACUGGUGACUCCCUGAACCCUACCCAGCCUUUGGACCCCAAGCUGUUCGCCUUCUUCAAGGGUAUCAACGAUGCUGGCAACGGCCAGGGUCUCCUCUCCGCCGAGGUUACCGACGGUCUUCCUGCCGGAAACUACCGACUUUGCUCCAUGUCCUCUGCUGCCAACCACCAGCCUGUGCUGAUGCCUGUGGCUCAGCGUGGUGCUCAGGAUGACUGCGUUCGUUUCACCGUCGGUGGUAACGGCAACAACGGCCAGGGUAACGCCAACAACGGUCAGGGCAAUGCCAACAACGGUCAGAAUGGCCAGGGUAACGCCAACAACGGACAGAACGGUAACAACGGUCAGGGUGCUGGCAACACCAACAACGCUGGCCAGGCUAACAACGGACAAGAUGCUGGCAACACCAACAAUGCCGGUCAGGCUGACAACGGUCAGGCCGGCCAGAACGGACAAACUGGACAGAACGGACAAACUGGCCAGAACGGUCAAGACGGCCAGAAUGGACAAACUGGACAGAACGGUCAAGACGGCCAGAAUGGACAGAACGGCCAGGGCAACGCCAACAACGGUCAGAAUGGCCAGACCGACCCCAACGGCACAAACAACGCUUCUACCCCUGACCAAACCACUGCUGCCGCCGCUGCCGCUACCACUGCUGCUGCUCAGAACGGCCAGACUGGACAAAACGGUCAGGGCCAGGGCCGUGGUGGACGCGGUCGUGGUGGACGUGGCCGUGGUGGACGAAACGGAGCUUCCGCUACUCCCACUGCCGCCGCUGGUGCCGCUCCUACUGAUAACUCCGGUUCCGUCGCUGUCUCUGCUGCCGCCGGCAAGGGCGGUGCCGCCGGCUCUGCUGCUCUUGGAGGAAUUGCUGCUCCCCCCGUCACUCAGUCCGGCAACCAGGACAGACCCUUUGACGUUCAGGGCAACACCUUCACCACAAAGGCCGCUGCCAUCCAGCGAGCCUGUGACAUCCAGAACAACCAGUGCGCUGAUGCCGUCAACAGCCAGAAGCUGAGCGGCGUCACCGUCAGUGACUGCCAGACCCAGAUCACCACCUGCACUUCAAACCUUGCGGCCUCAACAUAA